CAUCUCUGUAAAGAGCAUAUAACAAGGAAACAAUAAACAACUAUUAAAACAUGACAGGGUUCAUGAGCAUAAGCUAUGUAUUCAAAUUCAUUAUGAUUUUAGGACUUGCUUUGUCUGCCUUAUCUUUAACAAAUCCUGGAAAGCCUUCCAGCUGCUGUAGACAAGUUUCCAGAAGAUUUGUGAAAGAAGUGAUUGUGAAUUAUGAAUACCAACAAGAACAACUGCCAUGUGUAGAAGCUAUUAUAUUUCAUACAGAAAGUGGAAGGAUGUACUGCUCCAAUCCACAAGUCAAAUGGGUGCAACAUAAGGUGGCACAACUAAACAAAAUGAAAAAUCAGAACAGAACUAAGGCUCCUGUUACAACACAGAUUGACAAAUGAUUCAAAUCUACAUCAUUUUGCAAGCACAGAGAGAGUAUGACCUCCACAUUAAGAUGAGAUAUACUUGAAGUACAUCAUUGGAUUCAAGUUAUUCUGUAUAUAUUGAUGUUUUGUUAACUUUGCACAGCCUCCUUAGCAAGUUUGCUGAUGAACGAGUGCACUGAAACACUGCAUGCUGUAAGACUGGUGUCAUAACUUUUAUUUUUGUCCAGAUCCCCCUUGAACACAAAUAACCACACCAAUUAGGAUGAGAAGUUCAUUUAUUAACAAACAUAUGAUUAAUUCAAUAGAGUCAAAUAUCAUAAAUUCCAACAUAACAAAUCACAGUAGGCAGCAUUACCCGCUCACCUUCACCUUACUAUUGAUGUAAACAAGUGUUAAAUCAAUUCACUUACUUAAACUCAAGCAUAUCAUACCAACCCAAACAGAAAUAAAUGAGAAGGGGGAACAAAAGAAGGGUUCAACACACCUCUUCUUCUUUGCCUGCAUGCACCCACAUUAUCCUAACCUCAACUUUCAAAAUAACCAUAACCUGAACAAAGGGCAGGAAAAGGGGGGAACAGCAAGCUCACACCAGAAUCUGAUUCUUCUAACUGCCGGUUACUGCCUAAAAACCCACUAACUCCUCUUUACCUAUUACCUCAUUUCCUCCAUAAGCAUUCCCUCCUUUUUAACCAUUAACCCUUACCCUCCCUUCACACAUACCUAAAUCAUUUUCUCAUUACUUAAUCUCCUUUAUUCUAGCCAUCUCUGUACCCCCCUUCCCUACAGCGGUCUCUCUGGAAAAAUUGGUAUGUGCUGAAACUACAUUUUUCUUACAUAUAGUCAGUUGUCAACAGUGUUGUUUCAUUUCACUUGCAUACACAAACAUUGAUAAUUUUCCUAAAAAGCACAGGUGCAGGAUAAAAGUCUUACUCUGAAAGUAUUACUCUCAUCUUAGCAAAUGCUUGUAUACAUUCCUAACUGUGAAGUUUUCAGACUGUCUGGUCACAUGAACAGUCCAUCCUUAAAUGAAUCAAUUGGCAGAAAAUGUAUCACUUAAAGUCAAUAAUUCAUAGUUGUCAACUGCAUAGUUUCAUUUUACUUACAUUCACAAACUUUGAUAAUAACCCAAAAAAUCAGAAGAGCGAUGUUUUAUUAAUCAACACUUUUCACCAUUGGACAGUGCCUUAAUCCAGACAUAUUACUAGCAUCUUAGUAAAUAUUUGUACCAUUCAUUGUUUUGAUAUCCUCACUGUGAAAUUGUCAAACUGUCUAGGACACACAAACAAUACAUCCUUAAGUUAAAUAUUUUACUGAAAAUCUAUCACUUAAAUAAUUUUCCAAGCUGAGGCAAGAAACCUAGAAUUUCCCUACCCUCAAAAUACCAGAAGGUACAUCUGAAAUGUGUACCUCUUAUACUAACACUGUCACAAUGCUUUUAAACUGCAUUAUAAAAUGUACAUAAUUCCUUUUUGUAUAACCUACCUUUCACUGCCCUAGACAGAUAAACUAUUAGGGACUGGAAUCACUGGAACAAUGCAGAUAUUUUUGCAGACCUAAAGAUAUAGUGCCAUUUAUGAUAAAGUAAACAGCUGGGGAGAAAGUGGAAAAUGACUAGCCUGGAAAUCACUUUUAUAUAUUUAAUUCAAAAUCUUUUCGUGGGAUACAUUAAUACCCACGUAUGACAAUUUACUGCUGGAAAAAAAUCCAUGUUCUCCCAAUCCCUUGACAACAUACAAUACUGGAUAGAAAGAUUUGUGAAAAAUGAUUUAGUACCAUUUCAAAUUUAAAUAAUUUCAGUUCUAUAAGAAUAUAUUACUGAAGAAUGUCACAUGACAGAAAAUCAACUGCAUCAGCAACACAAAAUGGAAAUACUCAGUUCUUAGUGUCUGAACACUACAAUGGUUUCUAGGCUUAUGAUUUGCACGAUUACACUACUAAUUUCCAUUCAUUUUCAAAUAUGUAUAUAUAUAUAUAUAUAUAUAUAUAUAUAUAGUAAAUAGGAAUAAAGACAAUGUUAAUUGAUUGUUGCAUGUAAUUUCUACAAGUAUGUAUUUAAGUGUUUAUUUAUUACUGAAUAUUUAUUUUAAGAAGUUCUAAUUAAUAUAUGAUAAAGACAUGCCUGUCCUGUUUCUAUGUUUAAUGGCAUCAGUUUUCUUAAAGAUUAAUUUACUAUGCAGACUACGUAUAUGUAUUUAA